AUGGACGUUGGCGAGGAUAGAGAUUCUAAGGAGCUGGCGGCGGCGGAGGACGUCGCAGCACCUGUCAACGCGGAGGAGGACAAUGGGGCAGAUGCGAAUGCGCAAGACUCGGCUGCAGAUGCUGCUCAACCAGAGCCUCAGCCUAUCGCUAUGCGUUGCCUCAUCAUCUCUGGAGAUGCUUCCAUCAUCAUUGGCAAGGGCGGCAAACACAUCAACGAGAUCAGAGACAAGAGCGGCGCCCGUUUGACGAUCAGUGAGCACAUUCCUAGCAACCCCGAGAGGAUCCUGACUGUUGCUGGCCAGCUUGAUGCGGUUUCCAAGGCUUUCGGUCUCAUCGUGCGAAGGAUCAAUGAUGAGCCCUUUGAACAGCCAUCUGUGCCGGGCAGCAGGGCUGUUACGAUCAGAUUCAUCGUUCCCCAUGCUCGUAUGGGUUCAGUCAUUGGGAAAGGAGGCACGAAGAUCAAGGAGAUCCAAGAAGCGAGUGGAGCGCGACUCACAGCAGGAGAGGCCAUGCUACCCAACAGCACCGAGCGGGUAUUGAGCAUAUCGGGUGUUGCUGACGCUGUUCACAUUGCAGUCUACUACGUGGGUACGAUCCUCCUGGAGCACUCGGAAAGAAACUCGCACAACAUUGCCUACCAGCCCACGAGCGGUGCCACUGCUACUGCAGCUAUGGCACCUUCGCGUGGCGGAGCUGGCCCGUACGGACAGCCAGGAGCGCCGGGAGGCUUUGGCGGCGGUGGAUACGGCGCUCCCGGUGGAGGAGCUCCAGCAUCGUUCGGCAACAACCAGAUCCCUCCCGGCUCGCAGACGCAGCAAAUCUUUAUUCCGAACGAUUUGGUCGGCUGCAUUAUCGGCAAAGGAGGGUCGAAGAUCAACGAGAUCCGACAAAUGUCUGCAUCUCACAUCAAAAUCAUGGAGCCGGGCGCCGGCAUUGCCGCAGGUGGCAGUGGCAGCGAGCGGCUAGUGACCAUCACCGGUCCACCAGCCAACAUCCAGCUCGCUGUGAGCCUGCUCUAUCAGCGUCUCGAGCAGGAGAAGAUGAGAUUGUCUCAGGGUGGUGCAGCUUGA